AACCGCAUCUCUCUCUGGAGUACACAGCAAUGAAUCGCUUAAAGCAAGCCCUUGGAGCUUCAUCUUCUGCAAUCUCAUGGAAACCUACUGGAAAGCUGCAACAAACAAUAUCUUCAAAGAUUGAGAAAUCAGGAAAGACCCUUCAUUCAGGUGAUACUUCAACUGUAAAAUUACUUCCAGCUUUAGCUGGAGAAGGUAGAUACUUUAUAUAUGGUGAUACAAAAAUUCCAGCAAAAAUUGAUUUCACUAAAGAAUCACCUCUUUGUACAACACUGUCAAGAAAUGGGAUUAGAGUUAGAACUGUUGAGCAUUUGCUUUCUGCCCUAGAAGCUCUCAAUGUUGAUAAUUGCAGAAUUGAAGUCACUGGGGCUGAUGAGGUUCCUUUGUUGGAUGGGUCUGCUAAGGAAUGGGUUGAAGCAGUAGAGAAUACUGGUUUAUCUGUUUGUAAGGAUGACAGCGGUAAUACUAAGGAGAAGUUGGCACCUUUUAUAAUUGAGCCUGUUCAUGUCUGGAAGAAUGAUUCUUUUAUAGCGGCAUUUCCUUCUCCGAAAAGCUGUAUUAGUUAUGGAAUUAAUUUUCCUCAGGUACCAGCUAUUGGAUGUCAGUGGGUAUCUUCAGUUAACAUGGAUGAUGAAUCUUUCUAUGUGAAGGAAAUUGCUUCUGCAAGAACGUUUUGCGUUUAUGAAGAGGUGGAAAGAUUACGUGAAGCUGGACUCAUUAAAGGGGGAUCAGCUGAAAACGCCAUAGUUUGUAGUGUAAGUGAAGGUUGGUUGAAUCCACCUUUGCGCUUCAGUGAUGAACCUUGCCGGCACAAGGUAUUAGAUCUGGUGGGGGACCUAUCUCUUCUUGCAGAGGAUGGUAAUCAAGGUUUUCCUGUUGGACAUAUUGUUGCUUACAAGGGAGGUCAUUCUCUACACUCGGAAUUUGUUCGCCGUUUAAUGGGUAUUUCAUUAGAGGAAGUCUCCGCCAGAUGCUGAAUUGAUAUAGCAGGCCCAAGUUUUAUAAAUUUUACCAUACGUGGUCACUGAAGAAACAAAAGACUUGUUGCUAUUAGUGUAGUGUUAUGUUUUAUGGUAAUUUAAACCAAAUGAAGAAACCAUCGCAAAAGUGAAACAAAAGACUUGUUGCUAUUAGUGUAGUGUUAUGUUUUAUGGUAAUUUAAACCAAAUGAAGAAACCAUCGCAAAAAGUUCCACGGAUGAAGCAUAGAUUUGAGUUUAGGAGAUAAUGUAACAUGUUUUACUGAUUGA